GGUGGCUGCGCUGCGCACACGCUCAGCAUCCGAUUGGCUGCGAGAAUCUUCCAAGUCUGGUCUCUCACCGGCUGCUCCCCACCAGAAGUGAUCACUUCAUCUCCGUCUGACUGCCAAGGAACCGGUCGUCAUGCUGAGGAACAGCGCGAACAGAAACAUGCAUCAAGGAGAGGAGGUGAGGCUGCGCAGCGGGAGUCUGGCUCGGGAGAGAAAGCACCUUGCUUUGUGCAUCAAUAACAAGGAAGAAGUGAAGAGUUAUCAUCGCUGCUGCAGCCACAGUGGAGGGCCAGCACUUCAGAAGAUUGAGAGAAGCGAGGAGGACAACAAAAGCUUGUAUCUCCGAGAGCAGCAGCAGCACUUGGAGAUAAAGGCGACCAUCAUCCAGCGGGCCUGGCGAGCUAGUCUGUCCCGUAAAGUCAACCUCGAGGUCCAAGAGGAGAAUCGCACCAGACAUGAAUGGAAAGAGACCAGGACCUUAGAGAGCCUCCACAACUCUGCGGUGACUUCAGAUAUUUUUCCGGACCAGCUAAAGAGCCUCCAGGGGGGUUACAAGCACGUCAGUGAUGAAGCUCUUCAGCUACAAAGUAAUCAACUGACAAUGGAUCUAGACAACAACAUCAAUAUCAACCUGCCUCCUAUGGACACCAAGGCUUUGAUUAUCCAGCGGGCUUGGCGAGACUUUUUGCAGAGACAGGAGGUGGAGAAAAGGAGCCCCUCUCCACCUUCCCUCUCCUCCUCUGAGAAGAUGAGCAUGUCAAUCAGCAUGAUGACCCUGUCAGAUGGCAGCACCCCU